AUGGACGCGUUGGAAAAACAAUACCUUACGUCCAGUCAUGAGGCUGGUUUUACCGAGGCUAGAAACUUAAUAAGAUUAAAUAAAAGUAUUUCAUUAGAUGAAAUAAAGGAAUGCCACACUGAUCCGUAUCUCAAGAGUGAGUUGGAUUUAUUUUCUCUUCCUCUUACUCAGAUAGCGUUAGAGGCAAGUUGGUGUGUUUAUUAUAAACCUGUUUCAUCAUUAACUGACCAAAGUCCGAUAGAGUUUGUCAUAAACUCUCAAAAUGAGGAUUAUUUGGACCUUGCUUACACAAUGCUGAGAGUUAAUGUAAAAUUAAUACCUUACGACAAGGAUACAGAUGCGUUUGUGGCUCCAGUAAACAAUUUCUUACACUCUAUAUUUAAUCAAGUUGAUGUAUAUUUCAAUCAAAAACUAGUAACCUCUCCUAACAAUGCUUACCCGUACAGAGCAUACAUCGAAACACUAUUUAAUUACGGACCUGCAGUAAAAACUUCUCACAUGUCCACGAGUCUUUGGGAAACCGAUGUAGCUG